CCCGGCUGGUCACCGUGGAAGAUUAUGACCAAAACCCUCCAAUGUAUAAAAAACAUGAUUUAAAAAUUGCAACAUACAACGUCAGAACUCUAUCUACCACGGAAAAAUACUUUGAACUAGUGCACACUAUCCACAACAUACACUUAGACAUACUUGGCCUAGCGGAAACAAGAAGAAUGGGAUGCAAAAUAGAGGAAUAUACCGACUACAUUCUGUGCUACGUGGGCGAAACACCGGGUCAGUACGGGGUGGGAUUUCUCAUCAAGAAAGAGUACAAGAAUAAUAUCGUAAAUUUUUGGGGCUUAUCGGAAAGAGUUGCAUUGAUCCAGCUACAAUUCGGUGAUACUGAUUUGUCAAUCAUUCAAGUCUACGCACCAACGUCAGACUCAGACGAAAAAGAUUUAGAAAAAUUCUACCAAACUUUAGAAGAAGCUCACAAUUUACUAAGAAAUUGCAGGAAUAUUAUGGUAAUUGGCGAUUUCAAUGCCAAAAUAGGAAAACCAAAAUGCAACGAAAGCCUUAUCAUGGGAAAAUUUGGGUACGGAGUUAGAAAUUCAAGAGGAGAAAGGCUGGUACAAUAUGCUCUGGAAUAUAAACUUUCCAUCAUGAAUACCUACUUCAAUAAGAAAAACAGCCGAAAAUGGACCUGGAUUUCGCCAGACGGAAAAACGAAAAAUGAACUUGAUUUUAUCAUGUGUAAUAACCCUAAAAAUAUUACAAACACAGAGGUUUUAAACAACGUAGAUUUUCCAUCAGACCACCGAAUAGUAAGAGCAACAUUGUCUCUAAAAAUCCCCAAAAAAUGCAGAAGAAACUUCUCAGACUCAAUAUCAUCGCUAAAAACAGAUGUAGAAAUAAAAACAUACCUUCGCAAACUGGAAACCAACUUUCCGGACCCAGCUAACUUCAAUGAAGACAACAUACAAGAAACAUAUAAUAAAUUCGAACUUCACUUGAAAAAUAGCCUAAAAUCAGAAGCUGGAAACAAAAACAAAACCAACGAACAUACAUGCUAUUUCUUCAACGAAACAACCAAAGCUUUGAUUCGGCGGCGCACCGAACUUAUAAAUACAAAAAACAAAUCAUGCGAAUUAAAAAAAGAAUUAUCAAUCUUAUUCAAACGAAUUAGCAAGUUAAUUAGAAACGAUUACAAGCGGCAUAGGCAAAAAAUCAUAGAGAAUAGUAUAACACAACAUAGAAGCGCCAAAAAAGCUUAUAAGCAAUUAAUUACGCACACAGACUGGAUCAAGAGCCUAAAGAACGGACAAAAAGAAACUAAAUCUAGAAAAGACCUAAUAUCCUGCGCUACAAACUUUUACAAAGAGCUUUAUUCUACUGAGCUACGCGACAUGACUACGUCCACAGAAAGUGAUAGCUUACAGACAAACAUCAGUGACACGGCAAUUAUUAAAGAACUAGACGUCUGGGAGCAUAUUAAAAAGUUGAAGCGCGAAAAGAGCCCAGGGCCAGACGGCUUAAAAAACGACGCUUUGAUAGAAGGAGCAAAAUUACUCACUGUACCACUAACACGCAUAUUUAAUUUGGUUCUACGAACAGGCAUUAUACCAGAGCAAUGGCAACAGUCAGACAUAAUACUGCUCUAUAAAAAAGGAGAUCCACUCGACAUUGCAAACUAUCGCCCUAUUAGCCUGUUAUCAAGCGUGUACAAGUUAUUUACCUCUAUUAUACAUAGCAAAAUUAGCUCAAUAAUAGAUGGUGCGCAACCGAUAGAGCAAGCAGGCUUCCGCCCCGGUUUUUCGACUAUGGACCACAUCCAUACGCUAGAUCAAGUCUUAGAAAAAUACUCUGAAUUCAACAAAGACUUGUAUAUAGGUUUCAUCGAUUACACCAAAGCAUUUGACAGUCUCUAUCAUAGCUCUAUCUGGCAAGCUCUACACAACUGCAACUUAGACCCAAUGAUCAUUAGAACUGUAAAAAAUAUAUAUCAAAAUAGUGUGAGCAGAGUCAAGCUAGAAGUCCGAGGCGAAGAGUUUAAAAUAGCCCGGGGAGUCAGGCAGGGUGACCCACUAUCCCCAAAAUUAUUCUUAGCUGUCUUGCAGGACAUAUUUUCCAAAUUGAACUGGAUAUCAGAAGGCAUUCCUAUCAACAACGAUCGUCUUACCCAUCUCAGAUUUGCUGACGACAUAGCAAUCUUUGCUGAAACUCCAAAGAAGUUACAAAAUAUGAUAUCCCAAUUAAAUAAAGAGAGUAAACACGUAGGACUGCAUAUGAACCUUAGCAAAACAAAAGUAAUGACAAAUGGAAAAAAAGGAAAAAUAAUGCUAGAUGGUGUAGAACUCGUAUAUGUAGAGCAAUACACGUACUUAGGAAAACAAGUAUCGUUUUCCAAAUCUAAUAAUGAAGACGAAGUUCACAGAAGAGUCACAUGUAGCUGGAACAAAUAUUGGGCCCACAAGGAAAUCCUCAAGGGAAACUACGACUCAAAUAUGAAAAAGACUAUUAUGGACACCUGUAUUUUACCCUGUUUGAUAUAUGGCUCUCAAACGUGGACUUUUACAAACAAGAUAAGCAACAAAAUACGAACUUGCCAGAGGGCUAUGGAGAGAAGCAUGCUACACUUAAGGAAAAUUCAAAAGACAAGAAGCCAAGAAAUAAGAAAGAAGACAAAACUGACAGAUGCUUUACAUCAAGCUCUGAAACUAAAAUGGAGCUGGGCCGGCCAUGUAGCGAGGUGCUCAGACCAACGCUGGACUAUUAAGACCACAAAAUGGAUUGGUCCACAAGGAAAAAGAAACGUGGGCAGACCACAGAAGCGGUGGGCGGACGAUAUUAUUGCGACAGCCGGGAAAAGCUGGAUGACAAUAGCGCGGGAAAGAGAGAAAUGGAAGAAAUUGGAGGAGGCCUAUACCCUACCAAGGGAUUCCUAUAAUUAAUACAAUUGUAAAAAUGUAACAAAUUAACUACAUAUUACUAACAUAGAAUUAAGAAAAUAUAUAAUAUUUUGUAAUUAGGUUAAGUUUUAUAGGAAAUAAAAGGCUUUAUUAUUAUUAUUAUUAU